AUGGGCGUCUUUGGGAGCAAGAAAGUCUUUGAUCCGGCCAAGGAUAUUCCUGAUCUGAGUGGCAAGAUUGCGCUUGUUACUGGUGGCAACGCUGGCAUCGGCGCCGGUUUCGUCAGAGCUCUCGCCGCCCACAACCCAGAUAGCAUCUACCUCUGCGCCCGCACACAAUCCAGCGCCGACGCCACAGCCAAAGCGGUGAAAGAGAAACACCCCAAAGCCACCAUCGACAUCUUCUCCCUGGACCUCAACUCCCUCGACAGCGUCAAGAAAUGCGCCGCCGAAAUCACCGCCAAAGCCCCUAGACUCGACUACAUCUUCCUCAACGCGGGCAUCUCCGCAACCUCCCCCGCAGUAACAAAAGAAGGCUACGAGACCCAAUUCGGCAUCAACCACAUCGGCCACGCCCUCUUCCUCCAACUCCUCAUGCCCACCAUCCUCUCCACCAAAAAGCACCACCCCGACGCAGACAUCCGCAUCCUCCUAACCUCCUCCCUCGCCGCCCGCAACUUCUCCCCGAAAACCGGCCUCGUCCUCCCGCAAAUGAAAUCCUCCGCCUCCACCCUGCACCCCAUGGCGCGCUACGGCCACUCCAAACUCGCCAACGUGCUCUUCGCGCGCAAACUCGCCACCCUCUACCCAUCCAUAACCACCACAUCCCACCAUCCAGGAACCGUGAAAUCCGAGAUCUGGGGGAAAGCCACGGAUUUGAAGAUUCUGGCGGCGGUGUUCAGUCCCGUGGUGUGGUUGACGGGGGUCGAUACGGAUGUUGGAGCGGAGACGGGGUUGUGGACGGCGUUUGUGGAGAAGGCACGGGUGAGGAAUGGGGCGUAUUAUGAGCCUGUGGGGAAGGAGGUGGGGAGUGAGAAGUUUAGUGAUCGGAGUGCGGAUGAGUUGUGGGAGUGGACGAAUAAGGAAUUGGAGGGGCAUGGGGCGAAGGGGUGGCCUGAUGCGUAG